AUGCGAUUUCAUUGCUGCAGGUCAGUUUUGCCCAAGAUGGGUUCCCAUGCUGCCUCUCAUGAACGAGAUGAAUAUGAAGAAUGGAGUGUGUCAAAUCCCCCCAUUGGAGCUUUGGACCUUUACACAUCAAGAUGUGUCUGCGACCCGAAAUACUCGGACACCAUUGUAAAAGUGAAGAUAAAGGCCAGCAGCGACACAAGGCCUUCCCAAAUUGACCCUUCUGGCAGCCCAAAUUCAGUCGACCGCCCUGCUACAAAAAGGAGACGCAUCUGCGAGAAUGAGCUAUCCGAAUCGGGAAUCUACAAUAGUGGCACAACAGAAGAGGAGCCAACAGAAGUUGGGGUGCGGAGAGUUGUGUACAGAAGCUUCUUUGCCUGCGCUUACUCCUUGGCCAGUGGGUCAGCCUUUUUCAAGACCACAAUCGACAGAUCGUCUCGGGAUGAAGGGAUCAGAAGGGUGAUUGAGGUGGAAGUAGAUGGCAGUGAGCUGAGCAUCUUCAUAGUUCUCCUGAAGUUUCUGCACACGAAAGAGGCGCCAAAGGACGUUGCAGUAAGGGACUUUGUGGACUUGCUGCGCAUAGCCAACAGGUUCCUCGUGCAUGGCAUCGUGGGCCACUGCGUGGAUGGGCUGAUCGCAAAAGGAGUGGGAUGGCGCAUUGCUUCAGAACUCUUGGAAAUGCUGUACACAGCAGGGAUCAAGAGCAUGCCAGAAAUCAGAAGUCUGCUCGAUGUCUUGGACAAAAUUCUGUUGAGCAGAUUCGAAGAUCUGGACGUAGCAUGGUCUGUGGCAGAAGAUCGAAAUCUUCUUCUGCAUUUGCCAAUGCCUACUCUCAAGUCACUGCUCCUAAAUCCAGCCCUAAAAGUCGCCGCAGAAGAGACUGUGUUCAUGGUGGUGUCGAAGUGGCUGCAGGUUGCUUUUGGUUCAGGGCCCAAAGUCGUUGCCAGCGAUGAUUAUGGUCAAGCAGUGCUGCAACUUGGCAACUGCAUUAGAUUUCCACAGAUUUCACCAUACUAUCUUCAGCGGGUUGUACUAUUUGUUUCCUGGACUGAAGGGCCAAACUGGGCGGCUCGCUGGUGGAUAAAGGAGGGACUUCAAUUUCACUUGUCCAGUCCUCAGAAACUUAAGGCCGGCAGGGUGGGAAACUGUCGUGGGAAUAGGUUCCUGCCGAGACCAGCGUCCUCUAAUCCCAAAUUAGUUGUCACUUGGGAAGGCAUUGCAAAAACGUUUAGGGACGAAAUAUCUAACCAGCACUGCAUUACUGGAAAGGCAUGGCACCGAGGGCAUGCAUGGUACCUGCAAUGCAGUCAAACAACUAAGGGAGGCAUUCGUGUUGGCGUUGUUGUGAAACCCCUUUUUGUUGCCAUGUCCCUGGAUGCCCUGGGCAGGCGGCCACCCAUGCCACGUUCUGUUAGACCUAAGAAAGUCGUGUUUGAGGUGGCAACAAGGUCAGGCACUCGACAGCAGGUCAGGGCAGUCGAUGAUACGAAUUGGCUUGUUGGCAGAGUGUUUGUGGCAAAGGAAUUUUUGACCACCACCAACGAUGACAAAUCUCUGGAGUUUCUGACCGGGGAGCAAAGCGAGCUGGUUGUCGAUGGGCGUAUUAAAGUAUCAGCGACCAUGGAGUACUGA